AUGUCAUUUGUGUACAGCUCCUUAGUAGAUAGUAUGUUACUUAAUGUAAUUAAAAAAUGUUUAUGUACAAUAUAUUAUUUAGAUAUAUUUAAACAAAUAAUUAACUUAGAAAAUUCUAUUGAGUUUGAAUCAAAGGGGACUUUUCUUGUUAUUGAUUGUGCACAUUAUGCUGGUUCAUAUACGGGUAAAUUGUUAUCAAAUGAUGAAGUUUUCUAUGAGACAAUUAUUAGGUAUAGUGACGAAAUAUUCAAACAAUAUUUGGAUUCGAAAAAACUAUUUCUUAAUGUAAAUCUUAAUCAAGCUAUUACAUAUCUUAUGGAUAUUCUACAAAUAUCACCAACUAAAAUGUUCAUUGAUCAUUCUGAAAUAAUAGAUUAUUUAUUAUUAAUUUUACAACAACCGAUUGAUGAUGAUGAUCAAUCAGAACAAAAUGUUAUAGAAUUAAUUGCUUCAACAACAACAUUAAUAUACAAUUUAACAGAUAAUUCAAAACUUCUUUCAAUUAUCAAAUAUAAAAAUGUUAUUGAAUUAUUUCAGAAAUUUUCUACGUCAAAAGAUAAACGUAUAAGUUUCAAUGCCGAGAUGAUCGUUUGUGCGAUAAAUGAAGAUAAAGCUGAACAAAUAGAAGAACCAGAAAAAGUGGCAGACGUAUUCGUUAGUUAUCUUGCAAAUUCAGUUAAUGAUGAAUCACAACGAUGCGAGGGUGUUCCAUUGAAAUCUUUAUUAAUGAGUUUGAAAAGUAAGCCUUCUCUACGAUUUUUUGAUUAA